AUGCUCCGCUUUCUGGCUAUUCCCCUUGUUUUGUGUCAACUUGUGCCCAUAAUUCGAGCGCAUCCUGUGGACUGGCUACGGAAAUUCUCCAGUAACACCAGGGAAGACAGUAGUUGGCUAUGGGGGUGGGCUUGGGCAUCGGACGGUACAGUCUCCGUUGUCGAUAGGUCACCGCCCGUCACAUUCCUCGCACGCCCCGCCUCCUUCGGCUCGGAACUGGAUGAUCCUCUCUUGGGCUAUGUGAUCCCCCUCUCCUCUUUCACUGCGCCUUGUGUAUACAACACGACAGCGGACACUUCAUCGCCCCUUCGCCCCGAUCCUGUACAGGGUUGCCCCGACCUCUGUGCUUUGGGAUCUCAUGAACCGGAUCCCGCUGAGUCCUGGAUUGCGCUGGUUCAGCGAGGCGGAUGUCCUUUCGUGGAGAAGGCCCGACAAGCACAGCGCCUUGGUGCUAAAGCAGUAGUGGUUGGUGGGGACAGCGACAAUCCAGAUGCUCUGUUGAACAUGUACAGCGAGAGAGAUUCAUCGGAUGUGACAAUUGCUGCCACGUUCAUCAAAUAUUGGGAUUAUGCGGAGCUGUCGUCUCUAAUACAUGCCUCAAAUACGACACACUCUGGCCUGAAAACGCUCUCCCUCCUCCUCAGUACGCAGUAUUCGGCAUGGGAAUGGUAUUCCCCUAUUAUCACAUUUGUUGUCAUUCUCCUGCUACCCUCCUUGCUUACCUUCAUAACACUGAUUGUGCACCGGCUACGUGCCGCCCGAGCAGCGCAACGCGAUCGUGCUCCGGAGUCAAUCGUACACAAUCUUCCGUGGCGCGUCUUCACUGGUGCGGGAUGGGAGAAGCAUGAGCCACCUUAUAUGCCCUCUCCAGAUUCCGCUCCACGCUCGGGCACUCAAAAUACAGAUCCUGAACAAGGCUUGCCUUGUUCCGGACCACAGAUGCUCAACAACCCCUCAACGUCUCACGAUUGCGAGCAGCUCCCUUCAUGGGUGGAUGAGCAAGUCGAAUGUGCGAUCUGUCUGGAGAUGUUCGUCAAAGGAGAUCACGUCCGAGUCCUUCCCUGCUAUCACAUGUUCCACAUGAGCGAAGUUGAUGAAUGGCUAAUUCACAAGAAGAAAUUGUGUCCCGUUUGCAAAAUGGACGUCACAAGAUCUCAUUCCGGUGCACAGCAACUUGAAUGUGCGCCCGAUGUCAGCCAGGACGGGAGUGAAGGUCACGUCGAAGCUUCGGCUGCCGCAACCGAGCGUACCCCACUGUUGAAUAGCAGUCCUGAACGCAACGCAUAA